CACACCGAGCGGCGCCCAGGAGCUAUGAGCCAUGAAGCCACCCGGCAGCAGCUCCCGGCGGCCGCCCCUGGCGGGCUGCAGCCUUUCCCGAGCCUCCAGCGGCCCCCGCGGCGGCCCCGCCGGCCCGGCGCCUGCUCGCGCCCUGGCCCGCGCACCGCCCUGCCGCCUGCUCCUCGUCCUUGUCCUGCUGCCUCCGCUCGCCGCCUCGUCCCGGCCCCGCGCCUGGGGGGCUGCUGCGCCCAGCGCUCCGCAUUGGAAUGAAACUGCAGAAAAAGAUUUGGGAGUCCUGGCAGAUGAAGAGAACACAUCGCAAGAGAACAGCAGCAGACACAUCAGUCCCAGCGGUGGGCUGCAGAAAGAGAUCACGCUGCCGUCCAGACUCGUGUAUUAUGUCAACCAAGACUCGGAAAGCCCCUACCAUGUUCUUGACACAAAGGCAAGACACCAGCAAAAACACAACAAGGCUGUCCAUCUGGCCCAGGCGAGCUUCCAGAUUGAAGCGUUUGGCUCCAAAUUCAUUCUCGACCUCACACUAAAUAACGGUCUGCUGUCUUCAGAUUAUGUGGAGAUUCACUACGAAGAUGGGAAACCACAGUUCUCUAAGGGUGGAGAACACUGUUACUACCACGGGAGCAUCAGAGGCGUCAAGGACUCCAGGGUGGCUCUGUCGACCUGCAACGGACUUCAUGGCAUGUUUGAAGAUAACGCCUUUGUGUAUAUGAUAGAACCGCUGGAGCUGAUCCAUGAUGAGAAAAGCACAGGUCGACCACAUAUAAUCCAGAAAACCCUGGCGGGACAAUAUUCUAAGCAAAUGAAGAAUCUCAGCCUGGGAGGCAGCGAGCAGUGGCCCCUUCUGUCUGAAUUACGCUGGUUGAAGAGGAGGAGGAGGAGAGCCGUGAAUCCAUCUCGUGGUGUGUUUGAAGAAAUGAAAUAUUUGGAACUCAUGAUUGUUAAUGAUCAUAAAACGUAUAAGAAAUAUCGCUCUUCUCAUGCGCACACCAACAACUUUGCCAAGUCUGUGGUCAACCUUGUGGAUUCUAUUUACAAGGAGCAGCUCAAUACCAGGGUUGUCCUGGUGGCUGUAGAGACCUGGACUGAGAAGGAUCAUAUUGACAUCACCACCAACCCUGUGCAGAUGCUCCAUGAGUUCUCCAAAUACCGGCAGCGGAUCAAGCAGCAUGCUGAUGCUGUGCACCUCAUCUCACGUGUGACGUUCCACUAUAAGAGAAGCAGCCUGAGCUACUUUGGAGGCGUCUGUUCUCGCACAAGGGGAGUUGGUGUGAAUGAGUAUGGUCUUCCAAUGGCAGUGGCACAAGUAUUGUCGCAGAGCCUGGCUCAAAACCUUGGAAUCCAAUGGGAACCUUCUAGCCGAAAGCCAAAAUGUGACUGCACAGAAUCCUGGGGUGGCUGCAUCAUGGAGGAAACGGGGGUGUCUCAUUCCCGGAAGUUCUCAAAGUGCAGCAUUUUCGAGUACAGAGACUUCCUGCAGAGAGGGGGUGGCGCCUGCCUUUUCAACAGGCCAACAAAGCUCUUUGAGCCCACGGAAUGUGGGAAUGGAUAUGUGGAAGCUGGGGAGGAGUGUGACUGUGGCUUCCAUGUGGUAGGUAUAGGAGAUCUCUUCGACCUUCAGCUCGGCUCCCACCCAGAGCAAACGCGAACAGUAGGGGAGUGCUACGGGCUGUGCUGUAAGAAGUGCUCGCUCUCCAACGGGGCUCACUGCAGCGACGGGCCCUGCUGUAACAGCACCUCCUGCCUUUUUCAGCCGCGAAGCUACGACUGUCGGGACGCUGUGAACAGCUGUGACAUCACCGAGUACUGCACUGGAGACUCCGGCCAGUGCCCCCCGAAUCUUCACAAGCAAGAUGGAUAUGCGUGUAAUCAAAAUCAGGGCCGCUGCUACAACGGCGAGUGCAAGACCCGGGACAACCAGUGUCAGUACAUCUGGGGAACAAAGGCGUCGGGGUCGGACAAGUUCUGCUACGAGAAGCUGAAUACAGAAGGCACGGAGAAGGGCAACUGCGGAAAGGACGGAGACCGCUGGGUGCAGUGCAGCAAGCAUGAUGUGUUCUGUGGACUUUUACUCUGUACCAAUCUCACUCGAGCUCCUCGUAUUGGUCAACUUCAGGGUGAGAUCAUCCCAACGUCCUUCUACCAUCAAGGCCGGGUGAUUGACUGCAGCGGUGCUCAUGUGGUUUUAGAUGAUGAUACAGAUGUGGGCUAUGUGGAAGAUGGAACACCAUGUGGCCCAUCUAUGAUGUGUUUGGAUCGGAAGUGCCUGCAGAUUCAGGCCCUAAAUAUGAGCAGCUGCCCGCUCGAUUCCAAGGGUAAAGUCUGCUCAGGCCAUGGGGUGUGUAGUAAUGAAGCCACCUGCAUCUGUGACUUCACCUGGGCGGGGACAGACUGCAGCAUCCGGGAUCCAGUCAGGAACCUUCACCCCCCCAAGGACGAAGGACCCAAGGGUCCUAGUGCCACCAAUCUCAUAAUAGGCUCCAUCGCUGGUGCCAUCCUGGUAGCAGCUAUUGUCCUUGGGGGCACAGGAUGGGGAUUUAAAAAUGUCAAGAAGAGGAGAUUCGAUCCCACCCAGCAAGGCCCCAUCUGAAGCGGCGGCCCUGGAUGACCGGCACCUUGCACGGUGGCGCUCUGGGUGUGACACACUUGCAGCCACGUUGCCGGAACUGUUAAGUCUGUAAAUGGGAACAAUGGGUGGUAAUGACUACAGAACUAAAGUUGGGGCGACAGGGAUGGGGUAAAAGAAAACUCUGCUUUUUGGAAAUAAUUUCAGAGAGCCCCUCCCCCCACCUGUCAAUCAAAAGGGGCAAAAGACAAUGUUAUAAAAAGAACUAUUUCAGAAUCUUUUUUUUUCUAGCUAAAGGAAGAAGGAACAACAAAAAAUUAAGUGCAAUAAAAGGACCAUUAAAAAAUAGCAAAUGAUUUUUUUCUGUCCUCAGCCUGCUGGCACUUAAUAUCUUCUAAAUGAUUUGGCAUGAUUUUGUUUUUCCUUUUCCGACCAAUGACACACUCCAGUGGCAUGAAGAUCUAAUUUUCGAAAGGGUAAAAACUGCAUGGCAUACAUCCUACAGCAGCUAGCAAGCCAGUCCACAGCAAAACCUGCACCUGACCCUCCCCUCUGUGAAGGGAAAGAAGAGCAGGGGAGCCGCCCACCCCGGUCUGGACCGGCCCGAGGAGCACACGGCCCUGCUCUGGUUGACUCACUCUCCGGUGUUUUCUCUCCUGGACUGAGCAUCCUUUGGAAAUGGGAGCUGGAAUAUGAACAAUGAUGCUACUGUAUAGUUCUUUUAUAAAUGUAAAUAUGGAAAUAAGCGAUUUUGACACCUCAUUUUCACUUGUCUGUAUUGAAAUAUUCCCCCUGUAAAGGUGCCCUGUAAAUCCGAGUUUACCGGUUGGCUCCCCAUCCUUUUGGUUUCUUUUCUCUGUUUCUGCUCUGUCUGUCCUUCUCUGUUGUAACAUGUUGUACGAUGAUUGUUGGGUUUGCUUAAAAAAGACAUGUAGCCACUGAUGCAGGGAGUUUGGACACAAAACAGGUGCAAUUUAAAAAUGAAAUGCUUGAAUCCAAAAAGAAAUGAAAGGUGGGGGGACACAAACAACAAAAUAACCCAAAUUAAAACCACAGAACUUGUGUAAAUGCAAAUACACGCCCUGACAAGCCCCUCAAGUUUUGCUGUCAUUAGAAGUGUGUGUGUGCGGCGUGAGAACGGAGACACCCUCAAAUCACUCACAGAAGUGCCAACCUCAUGAGGCUCGUUUUUGAUUUUGACAAUUUUCUUUCCCUGUCAUUAAUGUGAAAGGAGGAGAAACUUAAAGCCUUAAAUAAAAAAAUAAUUUUUAAAUGUUGAAAGGUUGGGGGAAAAGUUAAGCUUCCCAUUUUAUUCAUAUCUAUUAUUGUCAAUAUUUCAUCCCUGCUUCAUCUUCCUGCCUCAAAACACGUCUGGUAGAGCCGCACUGUAAAACCGCGCUGGCACCGGGAGCGGCCGUCGCCUUCUGCGAGCAUCGUGACAAUAGGUUUUAAUUCUGUGUGUUGUUUUCAGAAAACCUGGCUUGGCCCGCACUGUGUUGCUGGUCCGUGCACUGCUGCCCUGGGUUCUAAGGGGAUUCCACUGUCUACAAACCCCCUUCUCCCUCCUCCAGGCAGAUUUGCUGGUGGAAUCCGGGUCCCCAAGUCCCUCUCAGUUUACUUCACUUUCACUGACUUCUUCCAUUUAUGGUCAAGAGAGCUUCUGUUCAAGUGUUAAGGGAAUACUUGAAUGAAGAAAUUUGGUCCCAGCUGUGUUUGGAAUGUGCAGACUGCAGUGAACCCCUGCAGGGGCAGCCGUCUGGAGCUGAGCCUGCCUGCAGCCCCCCGGGAGCCCGUGCUUCUCUAAGCCCCUCUUUUUUAGGAACAGGACAUGCGAUCUACUACUCCCUUCUCCUUGACAGCCAAAUCCGUUGCUAGGUUUAGCUUUAAGACCCUUUUCAGCAAGAUUCACGCCACUCGUUUCACAGCAUUUGCUUUGACUUUGCAAAGGAUUAUGUCCUAAAAAUGUGCUGCUUGAAACAGUGGGAUUUUCCCCCAGAUAUCUUUAAUUGUGGAAGUGUCACAACCAUAGAGCGAACCCUUGAUUUCUAUGUAACACAACAGGCUGUAACCUAACAUCUUCGACCUGUUAUUGCUGUCUGAGUGCCAGGUGCUACACAGGCGUGCAGGCAUUCUCGGGAACUGGCUGUGUGCGUUGACUGUAGUAACAGGGCUGUCUGCAUGGUUUAUCAGCCUUGCUCUUGGUUUCAUGGGGCAAGGUGUAUCCCUCUACCUGUGGCAGUGGCUCUUCCAGCUGGAGGAGACUCAGAUGGCUCGGCAUCUUCCUGUCACUGCAUCGGCUGUGUCUGUCUGUGGCUGGGUCCUCCUCGCCGGCGGAUACCCAGCCGCUGCUGAGUACGCCAUACAUGUCCACUGCUGUUCCAGAGGCACCACGGCAACUGAACAGACACAAACCCACGGUGGUUACAAAACAAGUUAAAUGUCUGUUGUUGACUUUCGAGCAUUUCACAAACAACAUUGUAAAUGUGCGAUGUUAUGUUUUAAAUCCGACCACAGUGGUCCCCAAUACUAUGUACAUAUGGCAAACGUCCAGUGUAACUUUUUGUCACACUGGCAGUUUCAUAGGUAACCAAACCUGUGCUCCAAUGUUAAAUUAUUUGUGUGUAUCUGUAAAAACCACAAGCUUUAAGCUGUGUGCGCGAAUAGGAAAGGUGCUGCCACCAUACAGCCGUCAGCAAUGGCUUAGGAUGGUUUGAGGUGGUUUGAGGUCAGCUAUUUUCAGACUGCUGUGUUUUCUCUUGCACGUGCUAUUCAUUUGCUGAUUUUUGUGCUGUGAAUACUCCCUUUUAUUAAUUUGAGCUCAAAGCCGAGCAUCUCGCUGUUUAAUGUCCCCCGACGAGAGUUGGUGUGAAGUGACCACAAGCCCCCAUUUCACCUGCUGUACUUUUGGCGCAUUAAUCAGCGACACCUGGACGAGGAGACCUGCGCUCACUUCAUUGCUCACCUGGGAUCCUGCAUGAGCCCACUGGAUGAGAGCUACUCCUUCUAGAUAAACGAGCAGUACACAUAGGUGCAUGUUAUGAAACACGAUCACGUACAGCUGUGGAGUUUUACUGAGUGGUAGGUGUGUUUUUUGUUUUUGUUUUUCUUUUUUACUAUGCAAAGGUGGGAAAUGCACAAACUUUUCAAAGACUAGUGUCUGAAGAAUUUUACAAACAAUACUUGAAUCUUUUCUUUAAGGUCAUCCCAUCAUAUUUUAUAGUAAUUGUUGCUUCCAUUGUUAAUUUUCAUUUUUAAAUGGUUUGUAGUUUAAGUGCACAACCUGAAGUUUUGUUUGAAGUUAAUAAAUUCAUCCAUAUCUUGUUGGCUGCCUGUGAGCGGAGGUUCAGUAGUCAUUGUAUGCAUCUUUUAGUCAAGUGUAUAUUAAAACUUUUGUUAACGUAGAAUGUUGUAGCUUUAUACUUUGAUCAUUUUUCUUCAACCCUCUUUCUGUGUCCUCCCGUCUGGUUAAGUGGCCGUGCAUCUGAUAUCAUCAAGAGUUUUAGCACCGGUCUCUCGAUCAAAGGCUCACUCAAAAUUUAAUGUCAAUGGAGCAAAAUAAAAUCUCUGAUGAAUGAUAAAUAUACUCCUGAUUAGGAUUCAGUUUCAUGGGAUUUAUUGGAAAUGCUUUGCUUUUUAUAAAUCAGGGGAAAAAAACACCUUAGGAUCAUACCACUGUCAAUUUUUUUUCUUUAGCGUCUCUUCUGAGUUUAAAGAGGAAAUGACUAGUGGUAACAUCCACACUUUUGAGCUGGUACCUAAUUUACAAUCAGGCUAUGAAGGAAAUGGAAGUAUUUGGUUAUAUAAACCGUGCUAUCAAAACAUUCGAAGGGAAGUAUUUCCUCACACCUCACGUGGACUUGGGCAUCAACUAAUAUUCCUCAUCAGGAGUGUGUCUCAGUGUCUCCCCUUGCCCACAGCCUUGCCUUGGUUUGGCCUCAGCAGCUGGGUGUGUCUCACUGUAUCUGUGGUACCGACACAGAGAGAGGCCAGUCUGACACGUCAUUCCUCGGGUGGCAGUUUGCAGGGCCCUCCUUUCCUGUAGGAUAAAGUCCAAACUUAACAGCAUGAGCGAAAGUUCCCCUCAAAGAGCCUCUUCUUCCCAGGUCUGAAGAAUCUUAUGUAAAUUUUAUGUCCGGUCACCAUAAUUCAUUUGUUUCCGUGUCAUUUCGUGUAAUAAAAGAAAUACAGAAACAAUAACAUGAAUAUGAUGCUUUAAAUAAGAAAGCAUAUUAAAGUGUCAUUUAUAUUGGA